AUGAACUCCACAAUAACGAAACAGAUAACACGUCAAAGUUCAGGUCUAGUAAGAUCUUUACAUACAACAAGACCUUCUUUAGGUUUUAUGGAUUGGUUUAAAAUGAAGAAAGAUCAAAAAGAAGUUGAAAAAAAAAAUGAAAUUAAACCAAGAGCAACUACUGAAGUUAUUAAAGAUGCUGAAGAAGAUAAAAUUGAAGUUAAAAAAGUUAACAAGAUUGAAUUUAUUGGAUUGAAAAAAGAUCCAAGAGAUGAAUUAUCUCUUGGUGAAAGAUUAAAUGGAUUUCAUAUUAAACAUUGGUUAAAUAAAGAAAAAGUUUCAUCUGUAGAAAAAUUAGAUGAAAUUUUAAAAAAUGAAUAUCAAUCCCUUAAAGGUGGAAAAAAAGUUAAAUCAUUAGAUGAUAUUAAUUUAGAUGAUUUACAAUUUCGUUUUAAUUAUACUUUAAAAAUUCAAGAAAAAACUGGUUAUAUUAUACCAGAUUAUAUAUUAACAAAAGCUUAUUCACCAAAUAUUUUAAAAAAUUAUUUUAUUAAAGAAGUUUUCACUGGUAGAAUCUUAAAGAAAGAUCCAGAACAUUUAAGUCAUACAGAAUUAUCAUAUAAGAGUGAUAAUAUUUAUAUUCAUACUCCUGUAUCUGAUCAUAAAGCUGAUAAGAAGUAUAAGAAAUUAUUAAAGAAGGCUAGAAAAGAUCAAUUAUUGAAAUCUGAACAAUUGAUUAAAGAAGCGGAUGCUUGA